UCAGCCUACGACGCGGACGAUCAGCGACAGCGGGCGCAGGAGCAAUAUCAUGACUACAACAACAUGCUGGGGUAUGCUGAAGAACCUAUGCAGCUGGACGCGUUUGAUGAACAGCUUCUUCGUCAGCCAGAUCGGGACUCCCGACACUGGCAGGCGGCCCAGGGAAACGCCAGACUCUCACUGCCACCAGCCAGACCGCAGUACGGCGCUCAUACAGACUUCCAGGAUGACAGCCUUGACACGCCAGAAGCACCGACCUGGCCUCGUCCAAGCUUAUCACAGUUCGCCUUCAGCCCCACGCAGUACGGCGUAGAAGGCACAACGUCCGUUCGCUCUCCUCCUCAUCCCUCGAGUCCUGCUUUCAAUGCUGGCCGGCGUCACAUAGCCCCUUACCACAAUAGCAGACUCGAAAUACAGCCGCCACUCCAGCCCCAGAUUCGCACGCCUGCGCCUUCUCACAGUCGAAUCACGCCUUCCGCUCCACAUGAAUCUCAGUAUGCGGUGUCUGUCGAUCAGACUUCCGAGGGCGACUAUUCACGCUCCUGGCAGCCCACCCGCCGCAACACACAACCACAGCCACAGCUACAGCCAGGCACGGGUCCUGAUAAAGUGCGUAGAGCUGUAUCGACUGCUACACCGAUUGUGCAGGGCAUCCAACUUGUCGCCACACGAGAGCUGCCAGACCGUUUCCGUUCCAUCUUCACCUUCCCGCUUUUCAACGCCGUGCAGUCGAAGUGCUUUCCAGUAAUCUUCAAGACGAACGACAACUUUGUCCUCUCGUCGCCCACGGGCAGCGGAAAGACUGCGAUCCUCGAGCUCGCGGUAUGUCGGCUCAUCCAUGGCUUUAGCAGUGGCAGCUUCAAGAUUGUAUAUAUGGCUCCAACAAAGUCACUGUGCUCUGAACGUCUACGCGACUGGCAGACCAAGUUUACUACGCUCGAUCUGCAGUGUGCCGAACUCACGGGCGAUACAGAUGGUGCUCAGCUACGGAAUGUACAGCAUGCCAGCAUUAUCAUUACCACACCAGAGAAGUGGGACAGCACGACGCGAAAGUGGAAGGACCAUCAAAAGCUUAUACAAAUGGUCAAGCUCUUCUUGAUCGAUGAGGUGCACAUCUUAAAGGAAGACCGCGGACCGACACUCGAGGCCGUAGUCUCUCGAAUGAAGUCUGUAGGAUCAGACGUUCGUUUCGUUGCACUCAGUGCCACAGUGCCCAACUCACAAGACAUUGCAACGUGGCUUGGCAAGGAUAGCAUGCAUCCUGAUAUCCCUUCGCCCCGUGAGAAAUUUGGAGAAGAAUUCCGCCCCGUGCGCUUACAGAAACAUGUUUGCGGAUACCAAUCGGACUCAAACGACUUUGGCUUUGAAAAGUUACUGGACAGCAAAUUGACUGACGUGAUUAUCAAGUGGUCGCAGCGCAAGCCCAUCAUGGUCUUCUGCAUGACGCGAAAGUCGUGUCUUGGCACAGCUCAGCUGUUGGCAAAUUGGUGGGCCUCGAAGGGGUCUCGGGAUAGAUACUGGUCGGCUCCACGCAGCCGAGUUGUAGUAGGCGACAAAGAACUUCGCGAAACCGCUGCUUCUGGAGUUGCGUUUCACCAUGCGGGUUUAAGUCUUGAGGACCGCAACGCCGUAGAGAAGGGCUAUCUGACUGGCGAAAUCAGCGUGAUAUGCUGCACGUCCACGCUUGCGGUAGGAGUUAAUCUGCCAUGCCAUAUGGUCAUCAUCAAAGGGACCGUGGGCUACCAAAAUUCCAACGCUGGAGCCAAAGAGUAUUCAGAUCUGGAAACCAUGCAGAUGCUGGGCCGUGCGGGACGACCACAAUUUGACGACAGUGCUGUUGCUGUGAUCAUGACUCGUUUGGCACGUGUGCCAUUCUACGAGAAAAUGGUUGCAGGAACAGAGGUGCUGGAGAGCUGCUUACACCAGCAUCUGAUUGACCACCUUAACGCAGAGAUAGGUCUUGGCACCGUCACGAGUGCUUCCACUGCGAAGAAGUGGCUCAUGAGCACAUUCUUGUACGUGCGCCUGAAAGACAAUCCGGAACACUAUCAACUGGAUGGAGAAUCACAUGGCCGUACGUUGGACGAGCGACUGGAAAACAUUUGCAAGCAGGGUAUUUCAAGAUUGGUGGAGAGCGAUCUUGUUCGAGGCGAUACACAUCUCAGCUGCACUGAAUUGGGGGAUUCCAUGACACGAUAUUAUAUUCAAUUCAACACGAUGAAAGUGUUCCUAUCACUGCCGCCCAAGGCCAAGAUCUCGGAGCUUCUGUCCUGCGUUUCUCAGGCUGCUGAGUUCAAGGACAUUCGUUUCCGCGCUGGAGAAAAGCAGUCUUACAAGCAGCUUAACAAGAACCCUUCGAUGAAAUUUCCGAUUCCUGUCAAUAUUGAUUCUACUGCACACAAGGUAUCGUUGAUAUUGCAGUCUGUUCUUGGUGCCAUUGAACCGUCAACGGAAGACAUAAGGCACCGAUACGAGUACGCCAACAACAAAAGCAUGAUCUUCCAGCACGUCCACCGCCUCAUCAGAUGCAUAAUCGACUGCCAACUCUACUUGGAAGAUUCAAUCUCGGUCCGUAACGCACUCACGUUAGCUCGCAGCUUCGGAGCGCAGGUAUGGGAUGACUCACCCUUGCACAUGAAACAAAUCGAGGGCAUAGGCUUGGUCUAUGUCCGCAAAUUAGUCGCUGCUGGACUUAAAUCAAUCGAAGAUCUUGCCAAUACUGAGCCUGGCCGGAUUGAGAGAACCUUAUCGCGUCAACCUCCAUUCGGCACUGUAACUCAGCAGAAAGCCAUGGCGUUUCCACAGCUUCGCAUCUCGAUGAAAAGCAUGGGAGAGCCUGUCGUCAAAAAGGGCGAAAGCGUCACCAUCAAGGUCAAGGCAGACAUCGGAUUUCUGAACGAGAAGGUUCCGCAAAUGUUCCUGCGCAAGCCUGUAUACGUGUGUCUACUAGCAGACACAUCAGACGGUCGCAAGGCGCAUUUCGCCCGGAUCAGUGCAAAAAAGCUUGGCAACGGCCAGGAGAUAUAUUUCUCUGCGAGUCUUACAGCUCACGGCCAGACGAUUCGAGGGUAUUUGAUGUGUGACGAGAUUGCUGGGACGCAAAAGUUCGCUGCGCUGAAACCUGAAGUUCCAGCCUUCAUGUUCCCAACACCCAAGCUCAAUGGAGACAGCCAGCCAUUGCCGAGUCUGGUGAACGCACCCAACACAUGCAAGCGUCGAGCAGCGGCCGGUACUGAAGCGAGAAUCGACAAUGAGGUUGGCGAUAGUAAGCUCGACGAGACCUCGGGUGGAUUUGCCAACAUCGAAGACUUUGAUGAUGAAGGAAACGAGAGGAAGCCGCAAGUGAAGACGGCGUCGAAGCGCAAGCAAUCGUCUGUCGAGAAGCCUGAGUCGGUGCUGAUGCCAAAUGGCAAGUGGACGUGCAACCACGCCUGCAAAGAUAAGACUGCGUGUAAGCAUGGCGCCUGCUGUCGUGAGGGUCUAGACAAGAAGCCCAAGCCACAGAAGAUCAAAGAGCCGAAGAAGAUAGAGCCUUCAUCUGAUCCACGACAGACCCAGCUUAAUCUUGCGAAGGCUAAGCAGGCUCAUUUGGAGCCGCCUCCUCCCCGCAAGCAAGUAGGUAAUAAGGAAGCCCACAAUCUCGAUCGACUUCACAACAGUAUCAAGACCUCUACAAAGAGCAUACCACUUCUGAGCGGAGCAGGCAAGCAACACAGUGCCCCUACGCAGAAAAAGUCGAACACACAGCACGAUUUCGAUGAUGAUUUUGGGCUAGACACACUCGGAUCAGAUGACUUUCCUUCUGACACUUCACUGUUUGACACGCAAGCUACAACGCAGCCGAAGAUUGGGCUCCACGAGGUCGAGGAUGAUAUGCUUGACAUGCCCAACCAUGUUUAUGGCGACAUGGACGCCACUCAAGAUCACAACGGCGGUCUCGUGAACCUUUCGUCCACCGCCGGUCAUCAGGAUACCACCAUGAGCAAUGACUGGGAUUUCGAAGACAUCACCGACGAAUAUCUUGGCGGCGAAGGAGGACUGUCGCCGCUGAACUUGCUCGCCGACCACAGCGACGAGAACAAGAACACGUCCGUCCUGGAAGAGAAUGAAGACAACUUUGACAGCGAUCUGGCCCUGGUCUCCGGUGCUCUCCAGAACACCACAUCAUACACGUAUGAAGCACCACCGAAGCGAACGUUUGCGGAUUCUGCACCAGAUGAUGCAAGUCAAUUCUUCUCGACACCUAAACAACAAAAGAUGCAGUCUCGCACACCGACUGGACUGGAGCGGGAGAGCGAGCUGCGUGCGAAUGAGCAAAUCCCAUUGCAGGGCAACGAGUCUCUCGCUGAGGCCACGGGAAAUACUAGCACGGUCCAACCCACAGAGGUGAAGCAAGAGCAGAAAGAGGAGGACUUGAAGGAUUGGUUCGAGCGCGAACUGGGGACGGAGCUGUUCACUUUGACAGACUGAUGGAAGUGGUGUGGACAAAGCAAAACGUGGGGAAAUUCGAACAUCUUAGACUCAUCAUAUACGUUCAUGUUCAUCGUUCGCUGACGGCGGUGCACUAUCAGGCGGAGAAAGAUAAGAAGAAGAGAAGAGG